GAUCCGAGCGGACGACAAACCUUUCCGAGCAACGUCACGCAAUCAUCUCGGCUUUCAAGGCAUUUAUCGCCUUCAUGCAAAUUCUGAGGGACUAUAUAGGCGAAAAACACGAGUCAGUUAUAACAAAGUGUAUGUUUUUUUCUCAGUUUUAUACGUGAACAUGUGGCUAAGCAAAGACUUGGGUAGUCAAGAAGAUUGCCAGGUCUCCGAAUAUACCAGGCAAGCUUCGGACUGCAAGAGAAGAGAUGCGAGCGGCCCUUCAUUCGGCACACUUCGGAACUUUCGUCGCUUAUGUGGAGAAUGAGCAACGAUGGUAUAUUUCGGAGCGAAUACGAAUCGUGAAACUCCUCCUUCAUUGCACAAAUUACAAAAAUCACCUUGAGCUGUAUCUGAAUAAAUCACGGUGCAUUGAAAAUCCCUGCGCCUGGAGCAAAUCCCACCCAUCUAUUGCAAAUUGGCUAUCAAUGGAAACGUCUCCGAAGUUGUUUAUUUCGGGGAAGCCAGGCACAGGAAAAUCUGUCUUGGCAGCUCACGUGAUUGACACAAUUCAGAAGGAGGAUGCUAGUCACCGUGGAGUAUUGCUUUACUACUUCUGUGGAGCGGAUCCCGCAGCGGAUCAGUAUUCCGAUGUACGACAAGAGGCUUCGUCAAAAGCAAUCCUCAUGACUUUAUUGCGGCAAAUUGUGUCGGUAUGCCAUCACAGCAUAGCGGGUUUUGGCGAGGUGCUGGAGUAUGUGGACUAUGAGCGCAACGAGCUUUCAGAGAAGGGGCUGCGGACACGGAUUGCAAAUUUACUGGAGUCAUUCGACACGGUCAGGAUCAUCAUUGACGCCGUAGAUUGUUGCGAAAACCGUGCAUUUCAGCAGGACGGAUUGAUCCCAUGGAUACUUAACAACAUGCCUGCGCAUGCGUAUAUCCUUCUUACCGCAUGCCGAAAUCCGUAUGUGACCAGUUUGCUCGAUGGGCUGCCCACGAUAGCUAUGGGAAGUGACAGCACUACACAAUCCGAUCUUGAGGCGUACGCGCGUCACGUCACUCAACAUUACAUAGGGUCAGAUGAUCCUGAUGAGGCUCAUUUCGUCCAAAAUCUUGUCGGGCGAUCCGAGAAUAUGUUUCAGUACAUAUUAUUAGUGAAGAACCUGACACAGCAUCUUCAUCUGUACAAUCGAGAGACACGGUCCCAGCUCCUGAACGACACUCCGCUAGGCAUCUUCAAAAUGUACAAGUACUAUCUGGCUGUCCAGCUUCAGCGAUUCUCCGACUUUGACCAAACGCAACUUGAACGUGUCCUGCAGAUCCUUUUGCAGCUCCUCACGUUUUCUCCAAGCCCCGUCACUCCAUUAAUAUUCCUGCAGGCGUUGCGGUCAUGUCCUUCAAUCCAGGGGCUGGAACUUAACCCGGAAACAGAUGGUCUUGCUAUUGAUCUCGCACAGAACGCUGCAGGCGUUCUAUUCGAUGUUCGAGUGACUUCCACAGGAGUACGACAUUUGGUCGCAGUCCACAGCACACUUUCCGAAUAUUUUCUCGACCCUGAUAACUAUCAGAAAUACAAUCCAAAUAAUCUUAGCCCAGCCACGCAGGAAGCGCUAGUAUCACUACACAAUGCUGUUGGAGAGACAGGUCCGAAAUCCCUGCUCGAGCUUUGCUGCAACGGGCUUCAAGAUCCAGAUUUUAACAGAUUUCUCCAUCAGUAUCAGCACGCUGCUGAUUUUUGUCGCCAAAAUCUCGAUGAUACCUCAAGUAGAGAUGUUCAGCCCGAUAUAUCUCGACAGGAAAGCGAUUGUGAAAGGCUCCAAGCGCAGCUUUGGCGGGAUCCUGCGUUUUCGGUUUGCGACUCGCUGGCGCUUGAAGGAAGUUGGAUGGACCGACAGUGGAACUCCCUAAGAGAAGAUGGGGAAUGGUUCAGGGAGCAUUCGGAUAUUAUGAAGGAUUACGAGUCGUUAGAUGAAGAGACUCUGGUCCCGCCUCUCCGCCUCCAAGUUUCCCGAUGGCGAAAUGUCGUUUUUCCCCGUAUGAAAAAGCAAUUGGAGCUCAGGCAAAACGCAUUAUCGGAGCUGCGAACCAGACAUUUGAGUGCGUAUGCGUUUAGGAACACGCUCUUCUAUCUACAUCUGAUGAAUCAGAAAACAACAAGCCAGUAUACGAGUUCUCCCUCGUUUGAGGGUCUCAUCUUGCACUACCUGGACCAACUGGAAAACCUCCUGCCUGUAUUGGUUUUGGUCCAAAUCCUUCCGUUCUCUGAGUUUCUUGUUGAUUCAACCUCCCCGACUGCAAAGUUAGCAACUAUGAUUUGCGGAUUGGAGCAGCUCACCCGAGCGAUCAGAGAAUUUUUGUCGACACGAAAGUCGUAUCCUCAUCAGCUUUUAGGGGUGAUACGAUGCCUCUGGGCCACUGGGAGCGCCAACCUGGGCUCACUGUUUACUACGGAGGAAAUUUGGGCCAGGGCGUACUACUCUGAGCUGAUUAUCCCAGGCCUCAACACCAAUAGCAUACCCGAAAAACUCAUUCGACACACGCUGGAAAGAGUGCUGCUAUACCUCGCUGACGCGGAACGUACCUGCUUCACUAACCAAACACAAUUAACCGGCGUUGGGAAUAUUUGCUUCUGUAUUCGUCAGCUGCGCCAGACGAUUUCACAUCACUUAUUAUUCCAAACAUUCCACCCCGUUUCAACUUCCAUACAGAAGGGAAGUCUGGUGCCCGAAUUCGUCGAUCGUGAACCGGGUUUUACAAACAUUGCACUACUUCAGGAUGCGGUGAGAGUCCGCACUCUGGAUCAGGACAAUCUGCAACCCGGCGGACCGAAAACAUGGAGCAUAUUCCUCGGAGCCGUGUUCAUUAUUCUAGGAUUCAUUUCAUCACAUCACACCUGUUUCAUCUUCAGCUUGCUUUCUGCCCCACCCAAUACAACCGAUGGUUUGAUGCGACAGACCUCAGGCUGGUCUUCGGUACAACUUGUAGCAUCCGCUGGCGUGAUUGGAUGCUUUUGUGAUAGGGUGCGGGCGGGCGCAGUGACGAUCGGCACAAUACCCUAUGCAUUAGGCGUCCUUUUGGUGCUAACAUCUCCGCAAUUUGCAUCCUCAUCGCUCGUCAGAUACAUUGACGCUAUAUCCACUGACCAUCUGAUGUUUCUUUCUGUGGUCCCCCUUUUGCUCUUCUCUUCCCAUGAACAGAGCUUCUGGGCCGCGAUCGAAAAUACUGCGGUGCUCUAUGUAGUUAUUCGUCUGCUGGCCUUUGCGGUCGACAAGAGCAGUAUGAAGAGGAAGCGUAGAGACCUGGUUCGAAUUAGCCGGAAGUACAACAGAAGGAAUGAAGAGCAAGGAGAGGUGUACAAAUUGUAAAGGUAUUUUGUAAGUAUUCGCAGCGCUCCACUCUUUCCAAUUCGGAUAUUCAAAUUUCUCUAUUUGCUGCUGGACUAUUUUAUUCUGUGACCUGGCAUCUACUACAUACACAACGCAUGUAGCCUUCGUAACACCAGACAGCUCACUAAUAACC